UCGUGACAAACCGCACAGUUGAAUCAUACUCAUUAUAAUAUUUGUGAUCAUUUCGCUUUUGACUAGCAAAGAGCGCGCGCGCCUGUUUUAAUUUUAAUUUGCCGCGUUAUCGUUAUGUUUCUCCGACUUUGAUAAGAUCGUUACAUCACUGAUUGAUAAGAACCGUCAAGGACCGAAUUGUCUUACCUAUGAUCAAGUCAUCGCUAAAAUUCGAUAUGCUACGGUUGUAGUUAAAACGAGUGCUAAAACAAUAGCAGUUAUUGUUUCAACUGUGAGUUGUGAUUUGUGUGUGACCGUUUGUCUUUAUCGGAUGCCGUGGUCCGCACUAUGGGGACGGCACCGAGACUGAAAAUUACAGUAGUGGGCGACGGUAUGGUGGGCAAAACCUGCCUAUUGUACGUGUACACUCGAAAUGAAUUCCCUACGGAAUAUGUACCAACAGUAUUCGACAACUAUAUGGGUCUCAUUACGGUGGACGGCCAAGAAGUUGAGAUGGCAUUAUGGGACACGGCUGGGCAGGAGGAUUACGAACGUCUAAGGCCUCUGUCAUAUGACUCUACGCACUGUUUCCUCGUCUGUUACUCGGUUGGGACACGUUCGUCGUAUGAAAACGUUAUUCACAAAUGGUAUCCUGAAUUAAAACACUUUAGUUCCUCAGUGCCCAUUGUACUUGUAGCAACUAAAACGGAUUUGCGGGCUUCAAAUAAAGCGGUUAUUACAACGCAGGAAGGAAAAAUAUUGAAAAAGAAAAUAAGAGCGGUUCAGUUCGUGGAAUGCUCAGCUUUAGAACGAGAGAACAUCGAGGAAGUGUUCGAAGAGGCAGUCAGAGCGGGUCUUCGCAAGAAACCUGUCACCAAACGUACCUGCCAGUUCCUUUGAUUGAUCAUACAUGUAUAACGCACAUGUAGAUACGUAAUUUUUAAUGAAAUGACCGACAUUCAAAUAUAAACAGUGCAAAGGAAGCUUCUAG